AAGAUUCUGAGUAACGUUAAACUUUAAAGAAAAAUAUCAAGGAUUGUAUCCCAAGCCCUCCCCAAACUAACUGUGAUGUCACGCUUGGCAUGUUUUUUGGCCAUUUUUCUGUGCCUCGUUCCAGCUCCUCGGGACGAUCCGUAAGAAAUGAACCUGGAUCCUGCUCCUGAAAGUUGAUGGCAAAUUUAUAAAAUAAAUGCCCCAAAUAUUCGGAGGCGAAGCAGAAUGCUGAGGAGGGAAAACUCGCGAUCUUAUCAGGAGUUUAACGGUGAAGACUGUGCUGGGCCACUUGGGUCUUACCAGAACAAUGAUGUUUCUGAAGUGGAGCAAGAUCAAGCCAGCUGUGACCCUUCACCAGAUGAGGACAUUGUGGACAACAAUCUAAUGCCCACUGGUUUCAACAAAGCUUGCCUGAAGAAUGUUUUCACAGUCAUCCUUGUCCUCAUUUAUUUGCUGCUCACUACGGUCGCUGUGUUCUUGGCUUACCAAACCAUUUCAGACUUCAUGGAGAAGCUCAACCAUCCAGUCAUGUCUGUUUCAUACAAAGAGGUUGAGGAGUUUACUGCACCAGGAAUAGCUUUGUAUCCUGGGAAGGCACAGUUAUUAAGCUGCGUGCAUCAUUAUCAUGACAACAUUCCACCUCUCGUUGCAUUGGGCAUACUAGAGGAAAGAAACUGUAUAAAAGAGGAGGUUAUUUACCACGGGCCAUAUUCAAACCAGACACAAAAGCGAGCCAUAGUUGUCAGAGGGCCGACUGAUGUGAGGAACCGAGAACUUAUAUUCCUCCAGUUCAGCCGGAAUGAAACGGAAGAGGAUUUCAGCGCAAUCAGUUACAUGAUUUUUGCCAAAUUUAGUGACAUGCUUGAAAGCUCAGAUAAAGCUGCUUUUAUGAUGAACUGUGAAAGGAAUUACUCAAUGUGGACCUUUUCUGGAGGCUUUCGGACAUGGGUCAAAAUGUCUUUGGUCAAGACGUCAGGCAGAAGAAAUGAAUCAGUUGAAUUUAGACAGGAGUCCAGUGUUGUGAAGUACAUCGACAAGAGGCCUCCACAGGAGCAAGCCAAUGAGCUUUUCUUUGUUGUGUUUCAAUGGCGAGAUCCAUUUAUACAGCAAGUAAAAGAUAUAGUCACAGCAAACCCGUGGAACACCAUAGCCAUAUUGUGUGGCGUCUUCAUGGCUCUGUUUAAAGCAGCAGACUUUGCCAAACUCAGCAUUAAGUGGACAAUCAAAAUUCGUAAAAGGCACUUAAGGGCAAAAAUAAGAGAACUGAACCAAAUAAGCUAAUUCUUUUCUGAUUCAUCAUAUCUUAAAAAAAAAAAUGUAUUACGAACAUCAAACACUUUGAGCUUUCUGCAAGCUUUUUUCAGAGCAAAGAGUCUAUUACACUUUUUAUGAGAAUUGUGCUAAUGUAUUGUACAUUUUGUUUUAACUGGAUAAUAGAUUUUAACUUGAAAUCGUUAAGUAACAACUUAUAGUGAACAGUGAAUGCUGAGGCAAAUUGUAUUCAUGAAGUUGUGACACUGACAUAUUAACUAUUUGAAACUAGUUA